AUGUCACUCGAGCUGGUGAAUGGCCGGAGCAGAGGAGGCGGGUGUGCGGCAAGCAUGAACCGCCUCAUGUACUCCAAAGCAUACCUCGUGUUCUACCUCCUCAUAGCCUUGCUCUGCCUCGGCGAACUCAUCUGGACCAUCGUCACACAGGAUGUCACGUUGGAGUACUUGGUUGUUGACAUCAUUCUCAAUGUUCUCAUCAUCUUGGAGCUCAUCAUUCGCUUGAUCGCCAUUACCCCUGCUCGGUUCGUCAAAUCAAAGUGGAACUUGGUGGAUGCCUUUAUCGUGCUCGCCAGCGUCGUUACUCUUAUUCUGGCCAUCGUCGAGUUCUCAACUCCAGGAGAAGAAGAGGUCAUCUUGGCUGCGAGCGGGAGCGUCUUCGUUGCGUUGCGUUGCGCCAUUCAAGUCUUCCGAAUCUUCCUCCUCCUGCGCAUGCAAUGGAAACGCCGUCAGAUCUUGGGCACCAUGGACGACGGCGACGAUUCGGACGACAGCCAGCGGCUGAUGUUUGGCGACCUCGACGAGCCAGACGCACACGACUUCAACUCGUUUAUCCCGCCGGAUGCACAAGACGAUCACGGUUAUCUGCAGAACAUGGACGAGCUGUUGUAA